CGCGCCGCCGGCGCUGCUCACGACCCUGCUGCUCACGCCCCUUGCCCCCCAGCUGCUCUCUUCCCACGUCCCGUCUCGGCGCGAUGUGGGGCCCCUAACAUGGAUUGUAGUACUGGCAGCCUUGAGCAGUCGACGGGCCAAUUCGCAAUUCGCAGUUGAUGGCUGCGCGAGCGCCCGAACUAGUCCCAUGGACCAAGGUGCACUGAAACCGAGCUAGCGUAUAUCGACACACUAGUAAAUUUAAAGAUACGCCUCGAUAGCGUCAAAAGAAUGACCCAAAUUCAGAAUACAUCCUAGUCGUUCGCCGAGACCAAAGAUUUCAGAGUAGCGGCCCGGGAACAUACCCUCGCGCCUCCCGGAAGGCACCGCCCGCGACAUUCGCGGAUGAGUCUUACGAGUUUCCAAAGUAGACCAGCGAUUGACGCCGCCAUCUACCGUCUGAAUGGUACAUUAUAUCAACUCCAGCCCAGUUUUCAUACACACUCGACGGAACCGGAGCCGACGGCCCGCGCUCGGAGGGCGGGAGAAGAAUUCUACUAGACAACUCUCGCGUUUAUGUUCGUUUUCUUCCGUUUGUUAGUGGUAGAGUCUAUCUAGCCCGCAUCAGCGCCCACUGAGCUAUUUGAGAUAUUCCGUUGGAGCCGCGCGAUUCGUCAUCUUCGCGCCCCCAAGUUUUAGCGAAGAUGGAUUCAGAACCUGGACCUGCGAGUAUCAGCGACGCCACCCUCCAGAUGGACCAUAACGCCGUUGUUCUAUUCACGAUCGACCGACUUGCCCGUUCUCCGCGGACGACGGUGCAUACGCGGGGCACUGGAAAGGCCCCAGACCGGUGAGUUAUAAAAUAAAUUUGCGUUUCAGGCGCUUUGGUGAUGGGACGGGCCAGCUAACCGGCUUGAUUGUGUACUACAUUGCUCCGAGACCCAAAGAUGCUCGGCGCGGGUUGUCGGUCUCGCGAGCCCACGAUCUGGCUAGAUUUGGCUCCACACCUGGACCUACGACCAUCAGCCCGUGUACCAUCACCAUGGACCAUAAUGCGAUCAUUUGUUUCAUGACCGACCGACUUGCCCGAGGUCCAGAUCAAGAUGUUCACGUCCCGAGCAUGGGCAGCCAAAAGUACCCUUCUCGUGGUGUAGAUGUCAUAUACUUGUAGUUGACUAUCGGUGGGGUAGUAUGGGGCCCAACGAGGCCGCUAUUACGAUUCUUGGGGGCCCUCGGGUAAUUGACGUUUUUUACGGGAACGGGGCGCCAUCGGGUCCAAAUUAUUUACUUUUUGUGGAUGUAGAUCGGCUCGCGGACUCCCUCUGGGAUAGGUCUGGGGUCGGGUAGUCGCCUACGCCGCAUGCGCCGGCGCUUGGAGCUCCCCAGAGAGCUCUGGAUCGAGAAGUUGUCGGACUUGUGCUCAAGCCCGACAGCUGGCUGGGGACCUGUACUGAUAUGUAUCUAUUGACGGAAGCGCCCGCGCAUGCGCUGUAGGCGAUUGCACGUGUAUAAUACCGACCCUAGGCGGCCUCGGGGACACCUCAGGACCACGAAUCGACAGGAUUCCACCGACGCGGCCGCCAUGGUGGGAUCGUCAAUAUCGCGAAUUAAAAAAAAUAUUUUUUUUGGCCCCCAGUACGUGUCCCAUUGAUCCUCUUGGACUAUUAGCGAACGGAACGAUACUCGAACGGCUGCAUGUUGUCCUUAUAAAACCUAGUGUGUCUCGCCUAGCCUACUUCGGCGCAAUGCUGAGCUUGGUCGCGUACAAGUUGCCAGUUUUUUGUCCAGCGCGACCCAAAGUUGCCGUCUAGCUUGCUGGCAGUGGACCCAUAACGUCUACGGUGGUCAAAUCCUCGUGCAAUUCAAGUUACUCAUACCCGCCAUCGCUUUCAGGGCUGCCGCAUGCGCCAAUGCGGAGGUCUCAGUGGCUUGUCUUAGUCCUGCUAGACGCCAUCGAUGCGCUGAGUCUUCAGAGGAGCUAUGCGUUUGCAAGCAAGCCAGGAGAAGGAAACCCGGCGAGCAUCGGCGUCCUAGGCAAGGCGGACGCCUGGCCCGAGGCGCCGGCGAGCGGUGAGGCGACGGCAUUUGUCCGACCGGCGGCCCAGGGGGACGCAUACGACGUGCGAUACUUCGCAGGGGGCGCAGAGAUCGCCUUCUGCGGCCACGCGACGCUGGCGGCCGCCGACGCCGUGUUGGAUAGCGCGCCGGGCGCCCGUGUGGAUCUUGAGACGAGCAGCGGCCAAACUGUUGCUGCGACGCGUUCGAAGGACGGCGCCGUAGAACUGCGCCUCGCGGCUGGCGUGCCGGCGGAUGCGGCACCAGCCGCCGUCGCCGCGGCCACCGCAGCGCUGGGCGGCGUCGAGGCACUCGACGCCCGGUACUUUGAUGACACGACACUUGUCAUCGAGCUGUCGCCGGACGACUACGCGAGCCUCGACGCCGUCGACACGGCGGCGCUUAAGGAUAUAAGGCUAGUCGUCGCGGCCACCACACGCGCAUCGUCGGGCGAUCUAGCUUUCCGGAGCCGCUGCUUCGUCAGCGGCGCUGACGACCUCGCGUGCGGAGUGGCGCACUGCGGCCUGGCGCCCUACUGGGCACCGCGACUUGGGGCGGACGGCUUCAUGCGGGCGCGCCAGGACUCUCCGACCGGCGCGCGCCUCGACGUUGCCAUCGACGGCGAGGAAGUAUUGCUGCGCGGCCAAGUGUCUUGGGACACGUUUCGUGAGAAACUUCGGCGCGGCGUGCGCCGGCUCGCCGACGCGCUGAUCGCUCCCCUGCCAAAGUCUCGGUCCAUCGAGGAUGAGGCAAAAAUUGAGCUAAUAAAGGGCGGCGUCCUCCGGGCGCUCUUCAUCGGCGGCACGGCGUUGGCGUCCGCGUGGUCGCUCACGUUGUUCGGCGCGAGGUGGCAAGCACCACAAUGGCAAGCGCCACGCGUGAAGCAGCCCGUCCUCGUCGCGCCCAAGCCCAAGACCCCUGUGUUUGUGAAGCCGCGGUGGCGGUUUAAGAGUGAUUCGUAA